AUGGGCCGGGGCCAGCGGUCGCAGCAAUGGCUGCUUCCAUGGCAGCUGCUCGUAGCGCUGUGCGUGCAACGCGGCGGCGGCGAACUGAGCGACUUCGUGAGCCGCUUCGAGCGCGUUCGCAUGCAGGCGUUUAGCGUGCCACCCACCCGCAGCGUAGAUGCCAUGGACGUGGCGGCCGACUCCCAGGGCGGCUACCGGGUCUCCUUCAUGGCCUACGGUCAGCACUUCAACCUGUCCCUGGCCGAAGACCCGCGCCACGUGAACCGCAUCCCGGUAUUUGUGCACAACACGAGCGGCGUGUCGAAAGUGGCGUACGAGGCCGACUACAGCCUCUACAUCGGCCGACUCGAGGACAACCCGCGCUCCGAAGUGAUGGGCUACUUCCGGGACGGCGUCUUCGACGGAGUCAUACGCACCGAGAACAACGUCUAUUUCGUCGAGCCGGCCGACAACUUCUUCCUAGAAAAGCAAAACUACGACGCGGUCGUCUACUCCGGCAUGGAGGUCAUGACGCCCGACUGUGUCGCCAUGAAAGGCGGCGCGCGUGCCUGCUUCCAGAACACGACUCGCGCGGCCAUCGGUCCGUCGAAGAAACUGCAGAGGUUGUCGGCCGACGCGGACCUCCUGACGCGCAUGAGCGCGCAGAGGAUGCGGUCCUCGACGAGCGGCGCUUCGUCGGGCCUGCGUGUCUGCGGUGUCGAGUUACUGGCCGACCACACGUUCUUUCGGUCGCGCAGCCGCAACGUCAACCUCGUGGUGCAGGAGAUGAUCCUGCACCUGCACUACGCCGACCUGGUCUUCCGCAACACCGACUUCCAGCUGCCGUUCCGCGUCGGACUAAUCCCCGAGAAGGUGACCAUAUUUACCGAGCCCAGCAGUAAGGGCUACCCCUUGGGCCAGGAAGACCUGUUGGCCAAGGACUACCUGGCGAGCUUCUCCUUCUACGUGCAGCGACACUGUCUCGUCGUGGGCUUCUCACACCGUCCUUUCGAGAGCAACACGCUGGGCAUCUCGUUCGUGGCCAACCCGGACCCCGAGGGCCCCGUCGGGGGCAUCUGCGAGCUGCCCAUGCGCUUCAUCGACCAGGACACCAUACACAGCUUCAACAUCGCCUCCAUCACGACGAGCACGUCGAACCGCAAGCGGGUGCCGCACGGAGUCUCGUUCGGCACGGUGACGCACGAGAUCGGCCACAGCUUCGGCUCGCCUCACGAUCCGGCCGCCGAUCCGGCGUGUCAUCCGAUCGGGAAGUCGGGCUUCUUCAUCAUGGUCAAGUACUCGGUGGACGGCUCGCUUCCCAAUCACCGCGCUUUCUCCCCGUGCUCGGUGCGCGACAUGCGCAAGGUGCUGGGCGCCAAGGGCACCUGCCUCGCCGAAGACGGCGCGCGCUGCGGCAACGGCAUCAUCGAGCCGGGAGAGGAGUGCGACUGCGGCUCGGAGGCCACCUGCGAUACCCUAGACCCGUGCUGCUCGCCGGCACCUUCCGGGUCGCAACUCCACGAGGCCCUGGUGCCUCCGCAGACGGACCUGCCUUGCACCGUGAGGCGCGCCGGCGGUUCCACGUGCUCUCCGCGGUCGUCGGCCUGCUGCAGCGACCAGUGCGGCGCCACGCUGCUGCGCUCCGUCGUCCAACUCGUCGUGCCGACCUUUCGACGAGCGCUGACGGCGCGCGCCGACGGGUAUCCGUGCCGCGGAACCAAGAAGACCUGCCGACAGGGCAAGUGCCAGUCCACCCCGUGCCGGGACCGGGGCCUGCUGGACUGCGUGUGCGUGGACGAAGGGCGGUUCGGGAACGACGAGUGCCACAUCUGCUGCCGCAACGGCUCUCGCGGCGCCUGCCUGCCCGCCAUCGAGCACGGCCUCAAGUCGCUGGACGGCCGCCUCUUCGUCCAGCGCUCGGACUUCUUCUGCCACGGCCGGCGCGGACAGUGCGACGGGUUCGGCAUGUGCAUCGUGUCGCCCACCGAUAUCGCACAGUAG